GGAUGGAGUUACAUACGUAAACGUCAUGCACUCACGAUUGUCAACGAGCACAAUCCUUGAAUGGGCACUCACUGAUCCACUCACUCCAUGACAAAAACUCACGGACGCAGCCGUGUCAAGUCAGUCAACGGUCCACGCAUACAUAAGAGUGCCAAUCCGAUACAUACACAGCUGUAAGGUCUGUCUGUCUAUCUAUCUGAGUUUGACUCGUGCCUCAUACAUUGUAUAUAUCAACAAGGAGGGAGGCCAUGUGAUCGAGGGAGGGAGCUAAGUAGUAUCGUGUGUCACUGGUGGAGGUAGUUCGCCACCAGCAGCAGGUCCAACACUAUCUCGUCGUCAAUCUCAAAGUCAGGGAUGGCCUCCCUGACACACAACACCACACCACAUCACACCGCCCAGCACCAACAGCAUGCGCCACACACACGUGUGUCCGUCGCGUGUGUGAGGUGCGCUCGUCUCGCACCGCACCUGCUGUCGGUGUGUUUGUGUUUGUAGUAGAGGUACUGGAUGACCUUUUCGAGCAAGCGGGAGUUGAUCGUCUGGAAGUUGAUCGCACCCGUCUGGCCCUCGGUGAAACUGUGACUCUUCUCACCUGUACAGGUGGGGACAGGGAGGGACAGAGCCACACACACGCACGCACGCACGCACGCACAGACAGACAGACAGACAGACAUCGCGUCAAGCCGACGACCGGCAUGGAUCAGGUCUGUCGUGGCGUGGCGCCCACCGUCGAACAUGGUCCGGAUCAUUUCGCACCCGAAGGCUAUCUUCUUGUCCAGAAAGAACUCAUGACCCUCAGCACUGCACCAGACAAUGCAACACAACACACGACAUGCACAGGCAAGCAGCAACAGUGGAGAUCUCGUCUUUUCCCUUCGAUGUCUGUCUGGUUCAUGUUGCCAUCCAUCGAUUGUGCACACCUGACCUGAUGAGCUUGAGGUAGUCAAACUCCUCCUCUGGCGGAGAGGCGGACGACGAAGACGCCAUGUUGCGCACUCUGCUCACCGCAAAGUCGAAUUCGCUUCUCUGCUGCACAGACGAAGUGCUCGAUGGCCUCAGCUUUGCUGCAAGGCGCCGAUUUGAGGUGG